UCUUCGUUUAAGCACGGGCAGCGCCCCCCACAGCAGCGUGCUUCUGCUCCACCAGCCAUGCUGCAUCCUCACAGGACGGCCUUUUGGUGGUCCUAUAUGGCUGUCUUCAGCCUCGCUAGGAGGUACAUGUCCUCCGAGCGCACUGCCUACUACAUCACGGUUUCGUGUCGACAGAUUCUCUAAUACUCCUCACUUCCGAAGAUAUCGCUCAUCAUGUUUGUUUCCGCCGCUCUCCCCGCUGCUCUAGUGGCUGGCGUUCUCGCCUCCCCCGCGGCCGCUGCUUUGUCGGCUCGUCAAGACCCCUGCACCGCCCUCGGCGCGGGCGCAUCCAGCUCGCUCACGUACACCUUCCAGCUGGAGGUCGCCAACGCCUCUGCGACCGACAGCGCCGCCAGCGGCACGCUCGCGCUCAUGAACGGUAGCUCAGACGGCCUGUGGUGGUUGAAGGAGAUCCAGCAGAACAGCACGGGGACGUUCUCGGGCUGGACGCUUCAGUCCGGCGCCCUCAUUCCGACGCUGAGCUCGAAUGACAGCGGUUUGGUUGGUAGUGACAUGCCUGUCCCUUCAGGUUCCAUCAUCCAGUUUGCGGUGACGAACAACGGCUCCGCCAACGCUGGCGCGGGCCAGACGCCCUACUGCGCUGUGUCGGACGCCGGUGGACAGGCUGCUCUUGCUGUCAACGGCGAUGCGAACUCGUUUGCGGUGUGCCAGGCGCCGAGCCUUGACUGGGUUCUGGUGUACGCUGCAUCGAGCGACAACAACGGCACUUACACAUUCGAUACCUGCGAGCAGCACUACAUAUACCUUACCCAGGCCUAAAUCAGAUACGCUAGGGACUUCGUCAGGACUUCAGGACUUUCAUCCAAGUAGUAGCCUACGUUGAAUGUGUGCGCUAUUACUGAGUGUUGCUACUAGUAGUACUGUAGUACCUACUACUGCUCACGGCGAUGAUGAUGUACUUGAUGGUCCCACUGAGUUCCAGAGAUGUCUUUCAUCGACUCGCGACUCGCACAAACCGGGUGCUACGACCGCCUGAGACCUGCGAGAGACAAGUGCAUAGACACAUACGAG